UUAAAAUGAGUGUUGCUGUUGUGUAAAUACUCUAAACUUACGAAGUAACUACUAACUGCAGAUUUCGUACAUACAUCAAUCAAUUACAUUAAGCAGUUAUUUAUUUGUAUAUAUCUUAAGUUUUCUUCUCUAAAAAUAUGAAAGAAAAGCGUCAUAAAAAAAAGCACAAGAAAUCCUCAAAACAUGAAAAAAGUGUCGGCUUAAAAAGAACGUCGUCAGAAUGUUCUGACUCUUCAUCUGAAUGGGUUGAAAAGGCAAAAGUAUCAAUGAACGCUGCGGAUGAUCGUGAAGAAUGGAUGUCGAUGACUGGAAUGCUAAAGACAUAUACUAAAGACGACAUCAGACCGAAACAAGAAUUAAAAGAAAAGAAACACAUUGAUUCAUAUAAUCCAUCUACGAGUACCAGAGAACUUAAUCCUUAUUGGAAAGAUGGUGGUUCUGGUGUACCAUUAACUGCAGAAAAUUUUCGAAAAUCCAGGCAAUUUUUAAAACCAUCAUGUGAUGAUGAUUUUUAUUGUAAAUCCAAUUCAUAUAACAAAAGCAAACAGGAUAUAUCACAAAAUUAUAAUUCAAAUCAAAGAAAAUCAUUUAAUUGGCGUUCAGAAUCAAAAAACCAAAAAGAAUCCAUAGAAGAAAUUAGUACAAGUAAAACUAGUGAUGCUUCGACUAGCUAUAGCUUAGAUAAAAAUAACUCGAUAUCGCCUAGGAGUACAGCCAAAGGCAAAGAUAGCUUAUUUCUUUCAGAUGAAAAGAUGAAUAAGCUCGCUUCAAAGAUUGUUAAGGCAGAAAUAAUGGGUGAUAUGAAAGUAGUUGAAGAAUUGAAAGCCAAAUUGGAAGCAGCCAGAGAGUACAGAAAGAAUAAUACUGAUGCUACAAAGAUGGAUGAAGAUGAUAGAGUCCUUCUAAUGUCAACAUCUAGUAGUGGUAAUAGUAGACCAUUAAUGAAUUAUCAGGGCGACCCAAGAAGUAAAGGUGGCAAACGUAAGGCUGAAACACAUGAUGCCUGUGGAAGAGUUAAAUACUUUGGAAAUGAUGAUAAACAUAAUUUAGCACAAAUGUUUGAACAAGAAAAAUAUGGUUCAAACUAUGAUCAGGAUGCUGAGUUAGCCAGAAUUGCAAGUAAAAGUAAAAAUCCAAAUGAUGAUCUAGAAGAUAUAUUUUUGGAUGACAUAUCUAAGAACAAAAAUAUGGCGAAGGAAAGUGAAAAGGAAAAACACCGUGCCAUCAAUCAAAGUGUCAAAUUAGAGAGGUCUUUGGAAGGCUGUAACUAUUGUUUUGACUCCAAAAAUAUGUUAAAACAUCUCAUUGUUAGUUGUGGAAAUAAAAUAUACAUGGCUUUACCGCCUACAAAAUCAUUGAUUAAAGGGCAUUGCAUUUUAAGUACUAUACAACACACUACAUGUGUAACUGGUUUGGAUGAAGAUAUUUGGAAUGAAAUACUGGACUACAGAAAAAUGAUCACUCAGUUUUUCCAUACACAGAAUAAGGAUGUAGUUUUUUAUGAAACAGCCACAAGACUACACAGAAGUCCACACAUGGUAAUAAAUUGUGUCCCAUUACCACGAGAUGUUGGAGACAUGGCAUCAAUUUAUUUUAAAAAAGCUCUCUUGGAGUGUGAAGCUGAAUGGUCUAUGAAUAAAAAAGUUGUUGAUUUAAAAGGAAAAAAUAUUAGAAAAGGUAUUCCUAAAGGUUUACCAUACUUCUGGAUUGAUUUUGGAAUGGAUCCAGGUUUUGCUCAUGUCAUAGAGGACCAACAGCUCUUUCCGAAAACAUUUGCUGAGGAAAUUAUUGGUGGUAUGUUGGAUUUGGAUCAUACUUUAUGGAAGAACCCUCAAAGAGAAUAUGGAGAUUUACAGAGGAAGAAAGUUGUGGAAUUCAUAAAGGAUUGGAAGCCUUUCGAGAAAUCCUUUAAAUGUCAAAACUAGAAAGAUGAUCUUUGCAUGUAUAUAUUAACAAUAAAUAAAUAAUUUAAAAUAUAUUUAAGUAUGUAUAAGAGUUGAGAAAUGAUAUUAUCCCAAAGUAAA